AUGCCCGCCAACACCAGGAUCCUUGGUUCCGACAAGAAACACACCAAGAGGUCUAAAGAUGGGAGCCCCCCUGCAGAGAAGAUCCCAGAAUAUGAAGCCAACAUCCCAGAACCCAAGUGCCGAGCUGACCUCCUCAAAUAUUCGUUGAAGCUGACCAUGGACGAUAAGACAGCCAAUAAGACUCUUUGGGUCACAGAGGCCGGGGCCAAGGUGGCGCGCAUGACGGACACCUCCACCUGCCCUGUCCUGGAUCGGCCCGAACGCUACGAGCACGCGCCCCAGAUUCUCUGCAAGGAGGGCAUCACCGGUUUCCGUGGCUACUGGGAGGUGGAGUACUCAGGCUGGGUGGUGUUGGGCUUGGCCUACGAAGGCGCAGCGAGGAGGAACGGCCAGGGUCCCUGCGGCCUGGGGGAGAACGAGGAGUCCUGGGGCCUGGGCUGGGCCGGCACCAGCUACCACUACUGGCACGACGGGCGGGACCAGGAGAUCGCCCACCCCCAGAGCCCCCUGCUGGGGCUGUACCUGGACCAGCCGGCGGGGCUCCUCAACUUCUACGCUGUGGAGGAGGUGGGGGAGGAGCAGAAGGAGGUGCACCUGCUGAAGCAGGUCAAGGCCACCUUCAAGCAGAAGAUGAUGCCUGGUUUCUGGGUGGGGACCCAGUCUUACUGCAUCCUCCGCAGCUAG